UAUCUUAAUUCGUGGUCCUACGCCGGACGCCCAAGCUCCAAGUUCUUACAUUUUAUAUUUCGUUCUCUCGUAAACCGUGAUCUUGACGACUGGACGCCUCGGCCGCGGCUGUCCGUCGUCACAUCGGUCUCGUUAAGACGUCUGGUCACUAACUUUGUCUUUUUCGUUCAGUUGCCUGCAAACAUCUUGGUUUGCGUAUUAAUAAAUAUUUUUUUAUUUAUUCGUGUACCUACUCUACAACAAAUUAUAUUAAAAUGUCCAAUAAAAAUCAACUGCACGACAAAGUCGUGCGAUAUGCAAACGGUCAGCAACAAUCGACGCCACUGCCCUCCACAGAAAUUAUUAUAAUUUAUACAACCUUCCUUGGGACACCAGUCAUUUACACCCAUCAUACUUGAGAUCACAUGCAAUCACUUUAAGGUAUGUAAAAUUGUUGGAAGCUCUAAAGACAACUUAAUUCCAAUCUCAAAAGUAUCACAAAUUUCUUCAAAAAUAAUGGAUCGGGAUAUAAAACAAAUACAAUCAGUGAUUUAUCAGAAAAAACAACCAAUAGUUCCAUUAAGUUUAAAGAUUUCAAAAGAAGUAACUAUAACCAGUAUAACAAAUGUCAAUGAUACAGAAAAUAAUAUGAUAUUAAAUAAGUUAAAAAAAUUACCUGGUAUUACUAUCGAUUUAGUUAAGACUGAACCCGUUUUUAAAGUUCCUGAAUCUCCAAGACUUAAAAAUAAUAAUAAAAAAAAAAAUAUUACAUCACAUAAUAAAUUAAAAGUUUUAUCUGAGAAAAAAGGAUUGUCAGAAAGAAGAGAUGAUAAUAUAGAAGCUAUGGAUAAUUGUUUAACUCAUAAUAAUAUAAAUAUCUCAAACACAAAUUUAAAUCCAAGCAAAACUAUAAAACAAAAGCAAAUAUUUAAUAAUAUGGCAUUGAUAACAAGUUCAGAUCAAGGAGUUUUAAAAAAUCCAGAAGCUUCUUUAAAAAAAUAUCCAGUCUUGGAAAAGGAAAAUGUACAAAGAACUAGUUCUCCCAAAAAACUUCAGAAAAAAGUACAAAGUUUUUCUAAGAUUAAAUCAAAAAGUUUAAAAACUAUAAAACCAGUAGAAGUAUCAAAUAAUUGUAAUAUUUUCUCUAAAGAAGUGAAAAAAGUUUCAGAUAAGGAUACAAUUAUAAAUAACACGGAACUCAAAACCAACGAAUUGGCGAAUGAAAGUUAUAGGCUUAUGGAUUUAUCAACUGAUGGUCAAUUCAACAUUGUCCCGGCAUCUUUUCCUUCAAAUUUUAUUAAUGUUCAUGUUCCUGAGUAUAAUAAUUUUUUAAUGGGAAUUAGUAAAUCUUCUGAAGACUGUAGUAUGAAUUUGGAAAUUUCUCAAAAUGAUACUGAAAACGGAUCAUUAAUAAUUAAAGAAGAGUUGGGUCAUUUUUCAGAUUUUCUAGGUUGUGUCAACACUUCACUAAAUAUAAAUAAAUCCAAUGAUAUUCAUUCUGAGUUAGCAUCUCAAUCUUUUAAUAAUGGUAUUUCCUCUCUAGAUAAUAUUAAAGAUGAACAACUUUGUAUAAACAAUAAAAGUUAUGAAAAUAUAAAUGGAAAAUUUGAAGAUGAACAAAAACAUACCCCUAACUUUUAUUUUUAUAAUCAUACUUCAAAACAACUAUUUCUUCAACAUAAAGACAUGAAUCAAACAAUGGACACAUACAUUAAACAAGAAGACAAACAACUAUUACAAAAUGAUAACUCGUUAGAAAAUAUUCACAAACAUGUAAAUGAAUUAAUGGAAUUCAACACAUCUAUACCACAAAUACUACCAAUUAAUACUCAUCAAAACUCAUCAAAUUUAAAGUCUGAUGAAAAUGAAAAUGGUAUUAAAAGAAAGCAAACUCAAAAUGAGUUGAAUGAAAAACUAAAAAAACAGAAAUUGUGUUAAGGUGUUUUAAAAAACAGCUUUUUUUUAAAAGUUAGAUGGAAGAACUAUAGUAUUUAGAUUUCUGUACUUUAUAUUAUGCAUUUAUAAAUACUUCAAUUGUAGGUAUUCAAACACUUUAUUUAAAUCAAUUUUUAUUUAUAAACCUACUUGUCUACAUUUUUCUAUACCUAUAGUAGAAUUAUUUUUUCUAACUGCCAAUAAUUUAUUAAUAAAUAUGGUAUUAUAUUAAUUAGAAUAUAGGGAUAUUUGAAUUUAUGAAUUUACUUAUCGAAAAGCAAUAUAUGUUUUUAAAAUAGUAAUGAAUAUAUUAUAAAACAAAUCUAUUAACAUUUAAUACUAUUUAAUUUUAAAAAAAUAAUGUAUUAAUUAAAACUUGCCUAUCUACAUUUUUCUAUACCUACCUAAUACCCAUAGUAAACAUAAUUUUUCUAAUUAAUAAUAAUUUAGUAAAAAUGUGAUAUUGCAUUAAUUAGAAUAUAGGUACCCAUUUGCAUUUACUUCAUUUUCUUUAUCAAUAAAACAAUACAUGCUUUUAAAUACUUAUUAGUUAUUACAUAGGUACCUAUUAUUAUAAAUAUAAAAUUUAAAUGUCGAUAUGGAAAUAAAUUAUAUAAAUGUAUUAUUAAAA